AGUCAUAGACAAUUACUAUUUAUGUCCGCCGUUCAUUCUUUUGAGUUGCUUUUUCGUUUUACGAUUUCGUAGAGAGCACGAUUUGUCAUCGAGUUCUACGCAACACAUUUGCAAUAAUCCAAAUACGUAGAAGAAAGUUUAACAGCUUUAUUUAGAUACAGAUUUAACAACACUGGUUGAUUUGCUACGGACAGUACAGCUUAGUGUGGACAGUUCCUUUGAGACGAGAUCCUAUCGCAAGACCCAGUGAUGCUUUUCUUUACCUUUUACGUUGUCGCCUGUGAAAUUUGCUCGAGUGCCUGAUGGUGCAAGAAGUAUGUGCGAUUAGUGAAUUAAUACAGAGGGAAACAGUAUGGGGGCUUUUUUAAACAAACCUGAGACUAAGAAAUAUAACGAGAGCGGGGAAGGUAACGGUCUUCGCUAUGGCGUGGCGUCGAUGCAAGGAUGGCGCGUGGAAAUGGAAGAUGCGCACCACGCUCAGCUUACACUAAACGGGACUCUAUCGGACUGGUCCUACUUCGCAGUCUUCGACGGCCACGCGGGGGCCCGGGUGUCAGCACAUUGCGCCGACAAUCUGCUAGAAUGUAUCCUGCAGACGGAGGAGUUUAGACGGGAUGACAUCGCAGAAGCGAUACGCGCCGGUUUCCUCGAUCUGGACAAGAAAAUGAGAGAAUUGCCAGAGCUGUCAAAUGGCGAAGAGAAGUCAGGGUCGACGGCAGUAUGCGCGUUUGUAUCGCCUAAACAGAUAUACAUAGCCAAUUGUGGUGAUUCCCGCGCUGUACUAGCACGGAACGGAGCGCCGAUAUUCGCUACGCGCGAUCACAAGCCGGAGUUACCGUCGGAGAAGUCCCGUAUAGUUCAGGCCGGAGGCACGGUGAUGAUACAGCGAGUUAAUGGAAGCUUGGCUGUGUCUCGUGCGCUCGGUGAUUAUGAAUACAAGAAGGUGCUGGAUCGUGGGCCAUGCGAGCAACUGGUGUCACCAGAGCCUGAGGUAUCCGUGCACGAGCGGUUGGAUUCUGAAGACGAGUUCUUGGUGCUGGCGUGCGACGGAGUGUGGGAUGUAAUGAGCAAUGAGGCUCUUUGUGCAUAUGUUCACUCUCUGCUGCAGUUAACGGAUGACCUUGUCGCUAUUACUAAUCAAGUUAUUGACACCUGCCUCUAUAAGGGGAGCAAGGACAACAUGAGCAUCGUGCUGGUGGUAUUCCCCGCGGCGCCGAAGCCGGACCCGGAGGCGCAGCGCGCGGACCGCGAGCUCGACGACACGCUGCGCCAGCGGCUCACAGCGCUGAUAGAGAGCAACGCGGGCGCGGACGAGCACGACGACACGACGAGCCGCUUCUUGCGCGUGCUCAAGCAGCUGAUGGAGGAGAACAUACCGGGCCUGCCGCCCGGCGGCGGGCUGGCUGCCAAGCAAGGCUUAUUGGACAAAAUCUACAGGGAGUUCUACCCGGAGCACCCGGACAGCUCGGAGACGUUCGACUGCCAGGCCGACAUCUCCGAGUCGGUCGGGCCCAACUAGACCCCGCUCUCGCACCCAACUACCCGCAUUCUGUUGAAAUUCUACUUUCCCCCUCUUUCACAUACAAAUUUCGCGGGAUCGUAAAGUUAGGUAAGAAUUCACACCACUCCCCCUUGUGACAUGAAUAAAUUUAUAUUGGUACUAAUAAUAAACUAAAAUAUAAAAAGCAUUUUUAAAUUUAGAUUAAUCAAUACGUUUUAUGUGUAAAUUGAUGUAUCGUGUAAGUUUUAAACUGCCUACGAAACAGAAUUCUGUCUAAAAUUUGUGCGUUUUUAUUUAAUUGUAGAAUUUUAACUCAAUGUCGGUACACGGUUAAAAACAAACUGUAGUGUGACAUCCUUGGGAAAUAACCACCGAAUAACACGCGGUUAUAGCAUUUCAAAAUUAAAUUGUGUGUUAAUUGGUCACUGUGGCUAUGGCGACAUUGCAUUCGUUCAAAAUUUUAAUAUUGGCAACACUUGUUAUUGUACAUAGAGAAUAUCUCUUUUAUUUGUGAAUGCAAAAUUGCUCGUAUAGGGUAACUUCGGCUAGUCGAUUGUCGCUUUGUAAAAAUCCCUGCUCGAUCGUGUCAAGCUUACGGAAAUUUAUUGUUGCAACCCCGAACGAUGGACGUAGCUGAAGAUAUCUCAGUAUGUAUGUAAUCUUAAUACUCUAUACUCUAUGCUGUGGAUGGGUUCAUACGUGACGUUUGGUUUGCGAACUGUCAAAGGCGGCCUCUCCACGGCAACGUUACAAACAAAAUGGUUUAAAUUCGUCAAGUGUGUGGCACAAACUUAGUUUCCUUCAGAAAACUAUAUACUAGAUAUAAAUAUUAAUUUUUGUAUGACAGCACACGGGUUUUGUUCAAUUUGGCGGCGUUUUUUUUUUUUCAUUUCGUAGUUUAGUUAUUUGUUAAAGUAUUGACUUUGUUCAUAAAUGUCAUAAUACUAGAUGUAAUAUAGAUAUUCAAGUAAAGUACAGAAUAUAAAAAUCUAAAUAUAUAUGAUAAAGUGGUCGUCAAAAUCUUAUAUAGGGUUUGUUAACUAUGAAUUUACACUCAUUUUUUACCAUACAAUUUCCGUACUAUUAUUAUUGUCAAUAAAAUUCUAUGUGGAAACAAAUUGAUAAAGUGUGGAAACAUUCUCGGCGUUUUACUUAGCUUUUUCAAUGUUUUAUACAAGUUUCUGACAUAACUUUUAUACAUUAUAAUUAUUAUGCGCAAAUCUGUACAUAACCUAUAAAACUGCAUAGUCAAAUCCAAAUGUUUCGUAUAGAUAUGUAAUAAUUUAGCUUAAUAAAACUGGGAAUUGGAGCGCACUGUUAUUUUAUUUAAUUUCUUACAGUUGCUUAAAAUGUCUAAGUCAUUGUCUACGGUUUUGGUGUUAACAGCUUUGUACUUAGAAAUUACAUUUUAAGGUAUCCAACCAUAUCAAAUGUGACUAAAGUUUUGGAUUGAAAUUACUGUUCUAUGAGCAGUUUAUUGUUGGUUUUAAACCGUUUCCGAACUGUAGAUAACUCCCUUAGUUAUAUUUCCACUUGCGUGUAAAUAAAAAUAUACUUUUGUACCUGCUCCAACGGAACAUUAGAGUCUAAAAUGUGAAUUAGGGAAAAUAUGUCUAUUGUAUAUGUACAGCUAUUCCUAUUCUUAUUUCUAAAUGUAGACGCUUGUUAACAUAGAUUAAAUUUAUGCUUAUAGCUAAAUUGUUUCAGGAUUUCAAUGCAAUUUAUUGCAUAGUGCCAAUCGGUCACUAUAAUAAAUCGCGAGUUGAAUCCGAUAAAAUUCUGUUUGGGAUGAUUUUGAGAGACAAGCAUUUUAGUCUUUUUGGAAGUAAGAAUGUUAUAGUCUGUGCAGUGUCAUGGGAUUGUUAUUAAAUUUUAGUAAAUCUUAAUGUACCUUGCAAAAUUUUUAAUGAUUAUAAUUUGAGAAUCCCGAGUAAAUUUAUCUGUAAUGGAUUAAAUUUCGUUCAUCUGACAACAUUGUUUUGUACUCUGUGGUCUUACGUGCAUUGAGUUGUUUAUAGUUUUAACACUUUUUGUAUUAGACCAAAUAAUUUGGGCAGAGGGUUUUGUUUUAUAUUUGUCCAACCGAAACGUUAGCGGUAGUUUGUCUGAUUGUUUUUUAAUAUUAUUUCGCUUUCUGACGAAAGUCGAUGAGUGUGUCUCGUUAUAUCUAGUAGACGCUUGAACAAUAAAUAAAUACCUGUACGUACCUUUA